GAACACUCACACUUCCUCCACUACAGCAACACUUUGCUUGACUGCUUUGACGCUCUCGGACAGAUUGUAGGCUAUAUGUUCAUACAAACCCUGCCACUGAAGAUAGUAUGUUUGGUGUCUGAGACAGUGAAGGGGCCAGAAUGCAGAGCAUCAAGUGUGUGGUGGUAGGAGACGGUGCAGUGGGGAAGACCUGCCUCCUUAUCUCCUACACCACCAACGCCUUCCCCAAGGAGUACAUCCCCACUGUGUUUGACAACUACAGCGCCCAGGUGACUGUGGACAGCAGGACUAUUAGCCUCAACCUGUGGGACACAGCAGGCCAGGAGGAGUACGACCGCCUGCGCACCCUCUCCUACCCCCAGACCAACGUGUUUGUCAUCUGCUUCUCUGUUGCCAGCCCCCCCUCCUUUGAGAACAUCAAGCACAAGUGGCACCCAGAGGUCACCCACCACUGUCCCAAUACGCCCAUUCUGCUGGUGGGCACCAAGAAGGACCUGCGUAAUGACCCAGAGGUGUUGAAGAAGCUUAAGGAUCAGAACCAGACGACCAUCACCCAACAGCAGGGCACCGCCCUGGCCAGGCAGAUCCAAGCCAUCAAGUACCUCGAAUGCUCUGCCCUCAACCAAGAUGGAAUCAAAGAAGUGUUUGCUGAGGGUGUGCGAGCCUUUCUCAACCCACAACCUGUCGCCACCAAGAAGCCCUGUGUGCUAUUGUAAAGGCAGUAGGAAACGCUGUGUGCUAUUAUAAAGGCAGUAGGAAACCCUGUGUGCUAUUGUAAAGGCAGUAGGAAACCCUGUGUGCUAUUGUAAAGGCAGUAGGAAACCCUGUGUGCUAUUGUAAAGGCAGUAGAGAUACUAUCACAGAUGCAUAUCCAAUAGAACAAUAUUAAUUAAUUUAAUGUGUGUAAACCAUUGGAGUUGAUUUUAUUGUGAAAUAUGUUUUUGUUGUACUGCCAAUAACAAACACUGCGAUAUCAAGACUUCAUUAAGAAAAAAGGGGAUCUCAGAGGCAUUGGCUCAAGAUGCAUGCUUCAAAACUGACCCAAUGUUAGGUAGGCGAGAAGGGCCUUGCUCAAACUUUGUCUGUCAGAAUCCUUGCUUUUGUAUAUCCAUUAUUUUUCCCUCUUCCUAUAAAGCAAUUGACAAACAAAACCUGAGACUUGAUGGGAGAUACAUUCACUCAUUUAUCUGUGUUCGAAUAAUUGUCAAAUUUGGACAUGUAUGGCCUUUACAAAAGUAAUUAAAUAAUGCACGUGUAAAAAGAUAAUAUCAGGAAUUUAAUUUACUGCAGUGGGCGAAAACAGGAUCACACAGUGUUUCUUGGUAGUCUUAAACAAAUCUACUUUGAAACAAAAGUAUAGACCUAUGGGCUAAAAAAGUAGACACCUGUACCAUGUCCGAUAUAAAGUUGUAAAGAUAUAUAAAGAUAUAAAGCAUCCUAUAUUAAUCGUUAUAUACAUCACAGAAGACUGAAAUAUAGCAAAACCAUUUAACAUAGAAACACUGGAUUUUCGGCUGCUUUUUUAAAAUAAUGGCAACUUAAAAAAAAUAAAAAAAAGUGUAUUAAUUAUGAAAAAUAUUAAUAUCAUUCCACCCAUGAAGCCACUAUGUCAUUUGACUGCAGGAAAGGGCUACAUACCAAUUCUCCCAUUAUAUUUGUUUUACAAUGUACUGUAUAGUGGGUUUAAAACAUCAUUUUUUUUUAAGCUAACAUAGAAGAAGGUUUUUCUACACCAUCAGUUUUUUUGUGUGCUGUGUGUGACUAUCAAGCCACCAAGUUAGUGCUAGUCUACUCUGUCUGAUUGUGUUGAAUACUGGACACAAAAGAGGAAAUGCAGAGAGGUCUUUGAUAAGAAAUGCAUAGGCUGAUUUUCCUAUUGCGGUCAUUAGUCAGUGUGUGUUAGAGAGAGAGAGAGAGAGAGAGAGAGAGAUCAAAAAAGGGAACCUGGUUGUAACUUCCCUCUGAAAGUCCAUAGGUUGCCAUCUAUUUUGUUAUGGUGGGGUUCUGGUUGUUUUAAGGUUGUGCAAUUAUGUUGAGAAGGCCUGGCCGUGACCCCACUCUCCGAGGGUUUCUCAGGGAGAGUUGGGAUAUGGUGACCCUGGCCGUAACCCCACUCU